UUCCCGGAAGUGGAAGGCUGUAGGAAGCCGCCGGGGGAGGACGGGUGGGUUGUCAUAGAGACGAAGAUGACAGUGCACAACUUGUACAUCUUUGACCGCAACGGCAUCUGCCUGCAUUAUAGCGAAUGGAAUCGGAAGAAGCAAGCUGGCAUCUCCAAAGAGGAGGAGUUCAAGCUGAUGUACGGCAUGCUGUUCUCCAUCCGUUCCUUUGUUAGCAAGAUGAGCCCCGUGGACAUGAAGGAUGGCUUCCUGUCCUUUCAGACAAGCAAGUACAAGCUGCACUACUAUGAGACGCCCACCGGGCUCAAGGUGGUGAUGAACACCGACCUGGGGGUGGGCAACAUCCGCGAUGUGCUGCACCAGAUCUAUAGCUACCUCUACGUGGACUACGUGGUCAAGAACCCGCUGUGCAACCUGAACGAGACCAUCCAGAGCGAGCUCUUUCGGAACAAGCUGGACACCUUCGUCCGCGGGCUGCCCUUCUUCUCGGCUCGGGCAGGCUAGCUUCCCCCACCGCCCCGGCUUAAGGACUGCACUGCCCACGAUGCACCCGGGCUAUCCUUGGGCAGCAAGCUCUACCGUGUUCUGCUGGGCGUGCCUCCUUCCGCACGAACCAUCUGCCUCAUCACAGGCCCGGGCCCCGCACCGGGAUGACUGCGGCAGUGUCCUCGCUGCUUCUCCACUCCCAUCUUCCCCAGCUGGACAACUGUUGUGGUGUGCCGUGUUUCUGCCCCGUCUCCCUUUUGGGGAGGACCCCAGCCACCCACCCGUACCUGCCUGGCCGUUCCCCUUCUCACCCACAGCCCUUUGCCGGUCCUGACCUGCUUCUUUCUAUUUAUAGCCCUUCCUCUCCUCUCUCCCUCCUGCAGACUCCCUAUUUAUAGCUUUUCUGAUUCAGUGCUCACCCAUCCUGGGUAUGACAUCAGGUACCCCAGGGGCUGCUUGGAUGCAAAGGGAUGGGGAAGCCGCAGCUGCAGCAGCUCCUCGUCCUUCCCAAGAGCAUCCCGCACAAAGAGGGGUUAGCCAUAGAGAGGGCUUCUCACUUCCACCACCAGGCAGAGCCGGCAGGCGCCGACAGUCACGAAGCGAUCUGUGCGGAUCCACUGGCUCUGACUCGGCCCAUACAUGAAGCGUCAGUGGGUGCGUCUCGGGGGCAAAAGGGGUUUGGCUUACAGGCCUGGCCUUCCCUGGGAUGCUUGAGGGUCUCUGCAGACCCCCAGCCUUGGCUAACCGGGUUGGUGGGCCUGCCGUCGGCUUCAGGCCUGGCUUUUCGGCUUGCGGUGGUUGGUGGCCCCUCGAGCCCUUUCAAGCUGGGGCGCUUUUGCAGCAUUUUCCUCAAAAGCCUGGAUAGUCGACCAGCUGUAUUCACUGCAUUACUCCCAACGAGCAAGGCCCUGAAAACCAAUGAGGCAUGCUAAAAUGCGGGUUGGAUGCCUUCACAUUGCACGGGGCUUUUUACUUCCCCCGGCACAGACAUUCAGCGGCGGAAAAGAGAAUCGGAGUGUUCAGUGGCUGUUCCUCCAGGCCAGCAGUAAGUGCCCGGGUGAGCUGCCGCCUCGUUUCUCUCCUCUCUGGCACAGCUGGUUGGGCCUUUUAUGUAUUUUUGUUGCUCAAAAUGUCUUCAGCUCUGGAGGCCUAAAGGAUUCAAGCUUGUUUCCAGCGUCUUAAAUACAACGUAAUCGAAAGUAAAA